CUUGACAGUAGCGCAGAUGUGAAAUAAUUUUCGAACAUUGCAAAAACAUAAAGGAAUCUUAUUUUUAUUAUAUUUAUGGAAGCAACAGUCAGAUUAAUAUAACUAUCGCGGACAUUGGGCUAUGCAACAAAAAUGAAAGCAGAAGUGUAUCUGUUGUUGGUACUGCACACACUAACGUUAGCUUUGCGGCGUGGACCGCACCACCCUUCGGGCCAGCCAGUCGAGCAGCAUCACCAUCAUUACAAGCCCAGGGGUUCCGAGUCCCUUACCGGUGACAUACAGUUGCUACAUGACACUAAACACAUAGAAGAAGACUCGCAAGUGUUAACUCGAGAAAUGGUAUCAAGAAUGUCACCAGAGGAAUUAGAGUUCCAUUACUUCUCAUCGCAUGACUUUGACCGGAAUUCAAAGUUGGAUGGCUUAGAAAUGUUAAAGGCAGUAUAUCACACUAUGGAACAUGAAGGUCCAGAUCCGGAUUCAGACGUUUCUAUUGAGCCUGAAGCUUCUAGUAAUGAUUUAGAAAAGUUCAUAGCCAUAGUAGAUCGUACCCUCGAUUCCGAUGAUGCAGACGACGAUGGUUUCGUAUCAUACGUGGAAUAUAGAGCGGCGCGCAUCAAUUAUCCUUUGGAGAGAACACCGAGAGUUGUGGCUGCUGUGUCACCAUAACACGUGGUACUGAGAAAACCCGCUACCAAGCUCUAGUUGUCCAAAUUCCUAGGAGCUGCUGUUGAGUGUAAUAUAAUCCAAUGAGCACAGGUCUUUCUGGAGCCAUUUAAUAUCGAUUGGUACCUACAGGUGGUGGUAGAUUGACUUCUAAAUCAAUAUUGGCUUCUCCAUGGCCGUUAGCUGAUGUCCGUAUAAAUCUUUAGCUAGGAUUGCUCUGAACCGGUGGAACUGAGUAUUUUUGUGUGUUUAGAAGUGCGUUAAAAAGUUGCAUUGCUGGUGAUAAUCAUUUGUAAUGAUAUUAUGAUCUUUCACUACCAUUAUAUGAUUUUAUUUUAAUUAAAUUGCUUCACUAGAAUGAAACUAUUUUUCGGAUCUAAAUCGCGUGUAAUUGCUUUUUCAAAGAAACCAGUACGCUGUGACCAAGGCACCUGUAGAGGGGUCAAAACGUUGGCUUGUUUGAAAAAACACAUAUACGUUAGUUAGAUCCGAAAAAAUAGAUUCAUUUCCUAUGUGUAACAAUCGCGAAAACCUAAGAACUCGAUAUUAUUUUACAAAUUUCUUAUUAUUAUUAGUACAAUGAAUGAACACAAAGAAAAAUUCCCUCGAUCUGACAGGACUCGAACAUGUCAGUCUAGAGGAACCGCUUUACCAACUGAUUUACAGAAUCUUUCUAUGCAUUUGUUACAGAUCUUUCUGUUUUGGUUUUAACAGCUUUUUUGCCAUAACGCCAUUUUUCAUUGAUGUGAGAAGUGUAUGAAAAAUUUUCUUCACUCAACCAGAUACCUUGACAGUUACAAGAGGUUGAAAAUAUUUAGUGACUGACCAUGAAAGUCUUAAAUUCUAUAUUUAUUCGACGAUUUAUAAAUUUAGUUGAAAUAUUGGCACCACACCACACCACCACAUAAAAAUCUGUAAUAACCUAUUUGCGUUUGACUCCAGUGCGAGAGGUCCGCGAACAAUUCCAAUAACAUAUAACACUUCAAAUGCGUGCAAAGUCAAUCCGAAUACGGUCCGGUCAGUAAGCAUGGCAAAAACCCUCUCCUUCGAUGACAAUUGUGCCCAGUAGUGCGUAUUUUAUGGGGUGAUACAGUUAUUGCAAAUAAAAAUACCACCUUAGGCCAGACCGCACUAGAGACAACUUUAGGAAUUGGUUAUUUGUAGUAAUAUAAUGUGUAAUAAAAUUAUUCCUAUCCGUAUUAUAAUUACUGUAGAUGUGCACAUACAUAGUUAUUGUAUUUUUUAAAUAUUUUUGUUUUAUAUUUUACCUAUUAUACUUUUAAAUUAACCCGUUCAUAGACAGUAACAGAGUUUACAGUAAUUUAAAUAUUAGAAUAUGAUAAUACGUGGUACAAAAGUAAACCAACUUCAAAAGUUUGUGGAAUUACAUCUAUUUGUCUAGUUUCAUUGAAAACGGUUAACCGAAAGUGGUUGAAAUCCAAUAAACCUGAUUUAUUCCCUAAUUUGCUACCCUUAGAGGUGGAAUAUUUUCUUCAAAUCUAAACGGGACCAAAUGUGAGGUACCCAAAUGCCGUA